AUGCACCGAGGAGAUUCCAUCUUGCAGCAACUGCGUCAAGAAGGAGUUGCGCUGCGGCUAUUUGGACUUCUCGCCCGAGCGUUUGGAACACAUUCGCCGCAAGAACGAAAACAAGCGCCUCCAGGACGAAAACAAGCGCCUCCAGGACGCCAGCGACCUGUCUGUCGAGCCGGCGCCCGAGUUUGCCGCUGUUUCGCGCGACCAGCCGUCGUACGAGCCUCUGCCGUUGAAACAGGAACACGGUCCGUUCGUGAAACAGGAACACGGUCCAUUCGUGAAGCAGGAACACGUUCCGUUCGUGAAGCAGGAACACGUCAGUCCGCUGGAAAAAAUGGACGACAUUGUCCAAACACCAGGCACCAUUCUACCGGACAGACGCACGUCGGUCACGUACCGAAAGAAGGACGGGCUCUCUGUUCUGCGAACAGCGUCCUACACCCAAAUGAAAGACAUGCGGUCGAUUUUCUACUCGAGCACCUUCAUCAGCCCGGCCAUGAGCACCAACUUACCCAUGGCGCUCCCGAACAUGGAGUUGGACAAGCCAGAGUUGCAUUUCUCGUCCGCCGAGCUGGUGGCCGUGCACCCGACCGUUUACAUCCCGAAAAGCUUCUCGCCCAGCGACUCGGCGUAUCCGCCCGUCGGCGGCGGCUUCACACAGUCGGUCUCGUCGACCAACACCCCCAACUCCUUCCGCACGUCGAGCCUCGUCUCGAACGACACCAACCCGUCGCCCGUCUCGCAGGGCCCGGCCAAAAAACCGGCAGCAAAGCCGCUCGGGCGCCCGCUUGCCCAUGCGUCGAUGCACCGCACAGUAUUCAAGGCCAUGCCGCUCCCGCAGGAGCUCCGCAACGUGAUGCUCGAGCGAAUCGUCGAGCGGCACCGGAAAGGCACGUUCGACCUCAAGAACAUCACCAACGAGGCGUGGGUGCUCAUGCCCCGGCCCGUGUGGACGGAAGAGGAUGCCCAUGUGUUCUGGCUUGCGAUUUUCCACCAGCUGACGUUUCUCAACAUCUACUUCUUGUACUUUAUGGACAAGGCCGUCAACAUUCUCUUGCGGGCGUCGGCGGCCGUGGUCAACGGCGACAUUGA